UGCCAGGGCAAACUUCUGCGGCAUAGAGUGAGAAGAAAGACAAACCCACAUCUAAAACCCUGAAACCUCUCUCCGCUUUCAAUAUCCCCGUUCUCUCUCUCUUUCCCAUAGGGUUAGGGUUCUCGUCCCCACCCCCGCUUCCGCCCCCGCCCCCAUCCCUCUCUCCAUCCUUGUACCUCCAUUGUUGCCAAUGAUGUACGGCGACCCGCAGCAGCAACAGCAACAGCAGCAACUACACCAGCAGCAGCAGCAGCAGCAUCUACACCAGCAGCAGCAGCAACACCCCCAACAGCACCAGCAACAUCCCCAACCACCGCCAACCCAGCACCAUCCCCAAUUCGGAGAGUUCCCGAGGGGCCCGCAACAGCAACAACAACCUCCGCCGCCGCCAAUGAUGCGGCAGCCGUCCGCUUCGUCUAGUAACAUGGGCUCCAUUAACAUUGUCGGCCCGCCCGAUUACCACCUCCAACAGCUUGCUCCACCGUCUCACCCUCCAUAUGAUGCUCAGGGUGAUAGUUUUGCGGCAAAAAGAAUCAGAAAGAGUGGGCAAAGGAGAGCUGUUGAUUAUACUAGCACCGUUGUGCGAUAUAUACAGAUCCGCAUGUUCCAGCGGGAUUCAAGGGACAGGACAGUACUGCAACCCACCCCAGCAGCUGCUAUUGAUAUGUUGCCAGCUGUCGCCUAUUCAGAUAACCCAUCGACAAGCUUUGCAGCUAAGUAUGUGCACACAUCUCUGAACAAAAACCGAUGUUCAAUUAAUCGUGUUCUGUGGACUCCAAGUGGAAGACGUCUCAUCACAGGUUCUCAAAGUGGGGAAUUCACUCUUUGGAAUGGCCAGUCAUUUAAUUUUGAAAUGAUUUUACAGGCUCAUGAUCAAGCUGUCAGGUCUAUGGUAUGGAGUUACAAUGAGAACUGGAUGGUCACCGGUGAUGAUGGGGGCUCGAUAAAGUAUUGGCAAACCAACAUGAAUAAUGUGAAGGCCAAUAAAUCUGCUCAUAAGGAAUCUGUCCGUGACUUAAGCUUCUGUAGGACAGAUUUGAAGUUCUGCUCUUGCUCUGAUGACAAUACUGUCAAAGUUUGGGACUUUGCUCGAUGUCAAGAAGAACGCUCACUAUCUGGCCAUGGUUGGGAUGUGAAGAGUGUUGACUGGCAUCCUACUAAAUCUUUACUAGUUUCAGGGGGAAAAGACAACGUUGUGAAACUUUGGGAUGCAAAGUCAGGGAGAGAGCUUUCUUCACUUCAUGGGCACAAGAACACUGUUCUUUGCGUCAAGUGGAAUGAAAAUGGUAACUGGGUGCUGACCGCUUCAAAGGAUCAGAAUAUCAAGCUGUAUGACAUAAGGGCUAUGAAGGAGCUGGAAUCUUUCCGUGGGCAUCAAAAGGAUGUAACUGCAUUGGCUUGGCAUCCAUUUCAUGAAGAAUAUUUUGUUAGCGGCAGCCUUGAUGGAUCUAUAUUUCAUUGGUUAGUUGGUCAUGAUACACCUCAGGUUGAAAUUCCCAACGCCCAUGAUAAUAGUGUUUGGGAUCUUGCAUGGCAUCCUAUUGGAUAUAUUCUCUGCAGUGGUAGCAAUGAUCACACAACCAAGUUCUGGUGCAGAAAUAGACCUGGGGAUCCAGCUCGUGAUAGGUUCAAUGUUGGUCAUAGCCAAGGUUAUGGUGAGCAAAAUCCUGCCCUAGCUGGUCGUAUGCCUGGUAAUUUCCCAGGAAUUGAGCCUCCUACAACUCCUGGCCCUUUUGCUCCUGGAUUGACCCGUAAUGAGGGGAACAUUCCCGGGGUUGGAGUUGCAAUGCCAUUUUCUAUUCCAUCUUUUGAUCCAUCAGCUCAGGGAGAGCAGAGGCCCCCUCCUUUGGCAGUCUCAAUGCCUUUAGGGGCUCCUCCGCUCCCCCCUGGUCCACGUCCUGCUCAUCUUGCUAAUCAGCAGCAACCUUAUCAACAACAAAACCCUCAGCAAAUCCAGCAUCACCAGCAGCACCCACAGCAAAUGAACUCUUUGCUCCUGCCGCCUACGAAUCUGCCUCAGUUACAGCCUCCAUCCCAUUUGUCCAUGCUGUCACACCCACAUUUACCUCAUAAUCCGGCCCAGCUAGCACCUCUUGGCAUGCCUUCAUCAAUGCCAGGACCGAUGCCUACUUCACUUCCUAUGCCGAUGCCCAGUCAACUGGGGAUGCCAGGUGCAAUGAAUCAGAUGGUUCCUCCAUUUCAACAAGGACAUUACAUGGGUAUGAAUCCUAUGCACUCCGGGUCAGCACCUCCAGUCGGAGGAAACGCAAAUGGGUUGCCAAAUAUGCAGGGCCCUUCAAAUGCAAGUGGGACCCAGAUGUAUCAAUCAGCUGGUGCAUUCAACCGGCCACAAGCUGGGCCGAUGCCACCAAUGCCAGGACAUAAUCCCUACCAGCCUGGGAAUCCAAAUGCAGCUGGCAUGGGAGCAUUGCCUUCAAAUUUCAAUCUUCCGUCUGGCAUGCCUCCGCCGCUACCUCCAGGGCCCCCACCACAUGGCCAAACAAAGUAGAUACUACUUCUGUAUAUUAGACUGUCUCAGCACGUAGGGAUGUUGGUUAGGACAUGAUUUAAAAUCUCUCCCCCUCAUUUUUUUAGUGUACUAUUAAUCAUCUUUCGGAUCCAAGGGUUUUGUAGUUCCCCCUAUUUCCUUUUUUUCUCCCUGAUUAUAAUUUUGGCUUUUGCUUUUCUUCCUUCGAUGAAACUGUUUGAAUUGAAAUGCAAUUGAAGCUCCCAUACAAGAUACAUAGAUAUGUUCGUCUU